AAAAGUAAAAGCAAUCUAUCCUCUCCGUUCCGGCGCCGCCUAAGGUGAGAAGCUCAUGGCUAUGGCGAUGGCCACCGCCGAAGGCGACUCAAUCGAGUUUCCAGUUGACAGAUUUCCCCUGCCGGAUCUCGCCGGCGGAGACCCAUUUGUGACCGCCGGAAUCACCAAAAUUCUCGUAUGUGCGGCUGCUGAGUCCAGCAUUGGAGAUGCUGGAGAGGCGGCAGUCACCGUACAAUUAUAUUUGCACAGCACUUGCGAUGGAGUGGCCCUGUCAGCACCAACCUCCCAGCAAUCUUCACACAAAGACGGCCCUACAUCCCCUCGAUGGACACGAAGGGAAUCCCAAAGAAGAGUAACAUACGGACAUACAGAUGCAGAUGCCCUACAAUGAUACGGUUGCUUCGGUCUAAUGACAAUGGCUGGUACAUAAACGAGUACAGACCAGAUCACAAUCAUGCACUCACUGGAAAAUAUGGUGAGAAAGUUUACUGGCCUUCACACAGGCAUAUUGAUAUAUAUACACGGGGUGUUAUCAAACAGCUCC